AUGAUCCCUAUCAAACAGGAGAGCGACAGCAACGAGGCCGUACUACCAUGGGGGCCGCUCUACAGCAUGUCACGAGAAGAGCUUCUCGUCCUCCGUAAGACCCUGAGAGACCUACUAGAUAAGGGCUUUAUCUGCGCUAGUAGCUCAGAAGCAUCAGCCCUGGCUGCGCCAAAGACGGUUAAGGGAGUUAGAAGCUUCUUAGGGUUUGCAAACUACUAUUGGAUCUUCAUCCCAGCAUACUCAGAGAUUGCUGGACCCCUUAUAUCUCUUAUAAAGAAGGGCGUCCUAUUCCACUGGGGUAAAGAGCAGGAAGUAGCAUUCCAGGAGCUUAAGAGGAUCUUUGCAGCUAAGCCUAUCCUAUAUCAACUAGACCCUGAGCGUACAACCUAUGUUGAGGCUGACUGCUCAGGCUUCGCCCUUAGAGGAGUACUGUCAUAA